AUGGGUAAAGGUGGUAUUAUUACAGCGGUUGCUGCUACUGCGGUGAUCGGAUAUGCAGUGUAUUUCGAUUACACUCGUAGACACUCCUCAGACUUCAGAAAGACAUUGAAGAAGAAAGCAGUUAAACAGCAGAAAGUUGCAGAAAAGGAGCAGGAGGAAAGCAAAAAGUCAAAAGUGGAAACCAUCAAAAAAGCAUUAUCGGCUGAUUUAGAAGCUAACCCAAUCCCGAGUGACUUGGCAGAAAAAGAAAACUUCUUUAUGCAACAAGUGGCUUUAGGUGAACAGUUGGCUACUACUCCUGAUAAGAAGGUUGAUGCUGCUUUAUGCUUUUACAAGGCCUUGUCGGUAUAUCCGAAUCCAACCGACAUAUUGGGAAUCUAUCAAAGAUCUGUUCCUGAGGAUGUAUAUGAAAUGGUAGUGAUGAUGAUAGCAGUUCAACCUCCUAAAGCAGUGACUAAUAUCUUAGGUGCAACAGGCGCUGCCGCAAGUGCUCCUGAAUUUAAACCAAGUGAAGCAGAUUUGGAUUAG